AUGCUGGAGAUCAAUGGCUCUCGACACAUGGUUCUACGAGACGAUUGCGAUAUGCUUCAGUCUCAUAUGCUUUAUCACGAUCUUUCUCAUCCUAGAGAUUCACAGAUCUACAAUCAACAGCCAAAACCAACACUUUCGUAUGGACUUACCUUGAUGCAGUCAUUGCAGCAGUCGCAAUAG